CUAAACCUAGUCCAAUAACUAUAAAAAAUCUUGUAGAUAAAUUUACUAGAUCAGAAAAUGUAGCAAAUGAUUAUCAUUUUAGCUAUCCACUAAGUGCAACUAAUCAUAUUAAACAAGAGGCAACUAUUAGUGCUCUUCAAGAGAAUCUACAACAAUCAACAAAUCAACUUGCAAUGAAACUCAAUGUUUCUCCUUCUAGCAUUCGAAAAAUUUUAAAAAUUCAUAAAUUCCACCCUUAUAAUGAAGUAAACAAACAUAAUUGCCGUUAUUUAAGUAAAGAAAAUAAGUAUAUUAUGAGAACUGAUAAUACACAAUAUUCACAAAAAAUUAAUGUUUGGGCAGGAAUAAUAAAUAACUUUAUUAUUAGUCCAUUUUUUAUUAAAGAAAAUUUAAAUGGACCUAAGUAUUUGGAAAUGUUGCAGAAUCUUAUUAUUCCAGAGUUGAAUAAUUUGUUUUCUGAAAAUGAAGUUAUUUUUCAACAAGAUGGAGCACCUGCUUAUUUUAGCAAGGAUGUUCAUAAAUAUCUUAAUAAAAAUUUCCAAAUAGGUAGAUAG